AUGAGCACUCGAGCCGGUGAAAUGAAUGGAGCGUAUGCAACAAAUACGUCAGCUCCACCAACAACGAGAACGACGCCUGAUUCUGGAAUUGCAAACGCGGAUGAUGGAAAUCGACAUAAAACUGGUCCGCCUGCAGGCUAUCCAUACAACCACAAUCCCCAGCAACACAUGCAAUUUCAAGGCCCGCCUAUACAAAUACGUCCGCAAUAUGCAAUGGAUCAAAAUGCCAUGAAACAUGGAAUGGUCCAACAUGGCGGCUCGUUUGAUGAGACGUCCGGUGCACCUAUGCCUCAGCCGUUUUACGGAGGACAUAAUGUUGCACCAUUUCAUAUGGGACAACCACCAAUCUACGAUCCACCACAUUACGCGAUGCCUAUUCAACAACAAUUUGCUACGCAACCUCAAUGGGCAAGAUCUCAACCACCGAUGCAGGGGUAUCACGAGUAUGAUGUCGCGUCGGGAGGACAACCAUCAGCAGGACCUCCCCAAAUGCGUGGUCCGCCUCAACAACAGUUAGCUCGUCCGAUGAAUCAACAACAAAUCGGAGCUGGGCCGCAUCAAUACGCGCAACACGGAAUGACAAUGCAAGGAAUCGCGCCGCAAGGACAACAACAGCCACCGCAUAUGCAACAAGGACAGAUGUUUUAUGGACCGCCUGGCGGCGUUGCAAUGCCACCACAAAUGACGAUGGUUUCAAUGAUGGCUCCACCACCAGUUGCACCAAGUUCGGCACAUCAGCCGAUGUUUCAGGGAGCAAAUAGCUCAAUGAUUAUGGUAUCAACUGGAGGACAGCAUUACGCACCACAGGAGCACGCUCCUCCACACAUAAUAAAUCAGCGCCUUUCACGCAACUUUCAAAACCAAGGAAUGUCACAAGUGCAACCAGAUCCCAAUUAUGACAUGAGAGCAAUGGGUCAGAUGGGACAACAAAUGUUGGUACAAGGAGUUCCUCCACCACCUGCAGCAACGCCCGUGCCAUUGAUGGCUGCAACGAUUGGACCAUACCAUUACGACUCAAGGUUUUCCGCCCAAACACCGUCAUUUAUUCCUUCUUCAAUGCCCUAUGCGCAAGGAAACUAUCCACAACAAAGUGGCCGAUACCCAAGAAAUGAAACCAAUGGUCGUCCUUAUCAACCUCGACGCCAACCACCAAAAGAUGGAGAAAAUGAUACACGGCCAAGUUCAGCUGUUCCAACUCCCCACCGAUCGCAAACACAAACGCCAUCAAGCUGUCACGAAUCUGGAGCAGAAACGAGGAAGGAGCCUGAUGGAAAGAGUGCUACCGAUUCAAAGGAUUUGAAUCCAGGCCAAGCAUUGAAGGAAGCAGUGGCAGCAAGAUUGCGUGAGGGUGACUCGACGAACGCUUCCAUUGAUUUGCCAGAAGAAUUGAAACACUUCGACAAUACACUGGAAUCAAUGAACACUUCAGACAAUGGACUAUCUCUUCCACAAAAGAUGAACGAUUUGCAAAUUGGUACAAAGGAUUCUCCUAAUAUGUCGAUUGAAACAACAAUGCAGCAGCAAAAUUUAUCAGAGACAAAAAUGUCGUCAGAUGUCCGUGUGUUGCAGCCUAAUAAUUAUGGAUUAGAGAAUGUUGAACAAGACGGAAAUAUUGAUGAGCCGUCUUGCAAGAUGGACAAAGAGGCUGUGGAGAAUUUGAAGCGUACUUCGGACAGUUACUGUUCAUAUUGCUUGGAGAAAGGAUAUCCUGAUGCAACAAGACAUAGGAUUCGUGAGAACAACAAUGUCUUGUGCCCAAAAUUCCAAAACACUUACUUCUGCAAACACUGUGGAGAGCCUGGACAUGUCGAACCAACUUGUAGAAAACACUUCCCACAAGAAAACAAUCGGGAUCGUGAUCAAGUCUUUCGAAGACCACUCAACAGAGGUGGACCACCAAAAAGUGCUUCACGCGGAGGAUAUAGCUUUUCUUAUCGUGGACGUGGACCAUCACAUGGCGGCAAUGUUGCACCUUUUCAUUCACAAUCACGAGGCGGAAAAAGUUAUCAUCGUGGAGGACCCUUUUCACAUGACAAUACCAAUUUUGACAGGCGUGGAUCUACAAGGGGCUAUGGUGGUCGUGAUGGUGAUCGAUAUCAGUCUCGCCCACACCAAAACCAUGAUCAGUAUUACUCUCAUAGUCAGCAGCAAAGCCAACACUCACGUCAGCCACACAGAGAUGAGGGGUACCAUGAGGCAAAACGUGAA